AUGGGGAGUGAAGGGGUUGCAGGCGACCUCAGCUCGCCGGUGUAUGUCGCCGUCGGGAGGGAUGUGAAGGAGGGGAAAUUGCUGCUGACGUGGGUGGCGGAGAGUUUUCCGGAGAAAGAUAUCUGCCUUGUGCAUGUUCAUCAGCCGACGAGCUUGGUUUCGCUCUUGAAUGGAAAACUGUCAGCGAGCAAACUUAAAAAUCAUGCGGUUAAAGCAUGCCAAGAAUUUGAAAGGUCGAAGAUGGAGAAACUUUUGCAACAGUACUUUUUGUUCCUAUCUCAGAUGGGGAAACAGGCUGAGAAAGUGUGCAUAGAGAUGAAAAAUAUUGAGAAAGGGAUUAUACAACUCAUCAAUCGACAUAAAAUAACACAGCUUGUCAUGGGAGCUGGCUCCGAGACAUUCAAUACCAAGAAAUUUUCAGAGACGAUCUCCAGUAAAGCUAUGGUUAUCUGCCAGCAAGCUCCAGUCUCAUGCCAUAUUUGGUUUAUUUCCAAAGGCUGCCUCUUAUAUUCAAGACCUGUGGGCCCUGGUUGUCUUUUUACCACUAAUACGACAACUUCGCCUUCAACAAGUAGCGGUGGAGCGUCGUUGCGCAAUACCAAUGAAAACGUGAAUGUUAAUUCUGCGAACGUUAAGUAUUCACAUCACCCAACUACUCUCACAGACGAAUUAGGAAGCCCAAUAAAUGAAUCAACUGAUCCAAUGGUGCGCCACAGUAGUGGAAAUAGUUCACCUUUAUCUAUAAAUGGAGAACGUCUCGAGCAUAUACCAUCUUCCCCAUCUAAUAACUCACUGGAAUCUGAAUUCCAAGACAAAGGGAUUUGUGAUCUACGCAGUCCGCUGGAGCAAUCUGUGAUAGAUGCCUUGGAUGCUUUGCGCAAGGCUAAGGCGGCAGAAAGGUUUCGCAAGGAAGAGAUUAUUCGAAGCAGAGAAAUUGAGGAACAAUUACUUAAACAAAGGCAAGAAACCGAAACCAUGAAAAGUCAGCACGAUCAUAUUCUAAAAGAAAUUCAGCUUAUUCAGGACCAGAAUCUUGCACUAGAAAGCCGGCUAAGAGAGUCCUACAGCUCGGAAGAAAAAAAAGAGUUAGAGGACAAAAUUGUUCAAGCAGUGAAUCUUUUGAUUACGUUUAAGGGCGCACGUGAUAAGCUGCAGACAGAGUAUGACUCUGCUGUUAGUGAAGUUAACAAAUAUAAGGCAUUACAAACACAGGACCACCCUGCAAGAAUAUUGGACGCACAUUUCUUUGGAAUCUCCUUUUCAGACAUCAUCGAGGCUACACAAAAUUUCAGUCCAUCUCAGAAGAUUGGAGAUGGAAGAUAUGGGAGUGUGUUUAAGGGUGUUCUCUGUCAUGUUAAGGUAGCAAUAAAGAUGUUGCCCUCUUCUGCUUCUCAGAGUGAUUCGGAGUUCAAGAAUGAGACUGAACUUUUGGGUAGAGUGAGACAUCCGAAUCUCGUAACACUUGUUGGUGCCUGUCCAGAGUCGAGGUCACUCGUAUACGAAUAUAUCGAGAAUGGAAGCCUCGAAGAUUACCUUUCUACCCUUCCCAAAAAUUCUCUUUCGUGGCAAACCCGGAUAAGAAUCGCUGCUGAAACAUGCUCUGCCCUGCUUUUCUUGCACGCUAGCCAUAGUUGUCACUUGCAUGGUAACUUAAAACCCUCUAAGAUUCUUCUCGACAAAAAUUUUGUUACCAAAAUUAGUGGGUUCGGUAUAUAUAACUUGAUAUCCCACGACGAGAACCUUUCCAGUCAACAACACACAUUUCUCAGUGAAAAUGAUCCUGAAAAGUUAGCUUAUGUGGACCCCAAGUACUUUGAGGAUGGAAUGUUAACGACUGAAUCUGAUGUAUACUCGUUUGGAGUCAUCAUUUUGCGACUUUUGACUGCGAGACGAGCUAUGGCUGUAGUGAGGGACGUGAAAUGGGCUCUGGAAAGUGGAAAUUUGGAAACUGUGUUGGAUGUGUCGGCUGGUGAUUGGCCGGUUGAGCUUGCAGUGGAGUUGGCUGGUUUGGGCUUGAGGUGCUGCCAGGUGGACCGCUUGGAUCGACCGGAUCUUGAAUCGGAAGUGUGGGCCGUGCUUGAGCCCAUGAGAGAACUUUGCUGCUCGUCACAAUUAAGCUCUACAACGUCAUGCAUGGGUUCCAGCAGCCAGCAUAAUAAGAUACCUUCUCAUUUUCUGUGUCCUAUUUUUCAGGAAGUAAUGAAAGAUCCACACAUAGCACCUGAUGGUUUUACAUACGAAGCGGAUGCCAUAAAAGGAUGGUUUAACAGUGGACACAAAACUUCUCCAAUGACCAAUCUGAAGCUUGACAAUUGUGACCUCCUUCCAAACUAUGCUCUGUAUUAUGCAAUUCAAGAGUGGCAGCAGCAAAACACUUGA